AUGGCGAACGCGGCCGAUGUCGAGAAAGACCACGCCGGCAGUGACUCUGUCAACGGCCGAUAUGACCUCCACCACGACCAUCAUGAUAGCGAGAGUGCUCUGAGGAGGAUCCGAACGGCCGGAAGCAUCUCGAUCACCCCUGAGCUCUUCGAGAAGAUCUAUCUGUCGCCGAAGAACCGGGUCUCGAACAACAUUCGGUCGACCUUUGGUAACCCGACUCCUCUUGCUUUGGUCGGGUUUCUGUUGUCUCUGACUCCGCUGUCAAACGUCCUGUUGGGAUGGCGUGGUGCCGGCGGGCUUGGUGCCGCGGAAGUCGGUAUCUACUACUUUUUCGGCGGUCUUCUCAUGGUGUUGGGCGGGCUCCUCGAAUUCUUCCUGGGCAACACCUUCCCAUUUGUGGUGUUUGGAUCAUUCGGCGCCUUCUGGCUGUCGUUCGCGGCCACCUUGACCCCGUAUUUCAACGCCUCCAUCGCAUACGACCCGACACACCCAGCUACAUCGUCGACGAACCCCACCUUUGCCGCGACAUACGCCUAUUUCCUGGUCUAUAUGGCAAUGCUUUGCUUCAUCUACAUGAUUGUGGCGAUUCGAACCAACAUUGUCUUCGUCUUGAUCUUUGCCUUGCUCGUGCCUGCCUUUAGCUGCUUGGCCGCAUUCUUCUUCGGCCUCGGCGAGAGUGUGGUCCGAAUGAAUCUUCAACACGCGGCGGGAGGGCUGACCUUCGUGGUUUCCCUCUUGGGAUGGUACCUGUUCUUCGUGCAACUUCUGGCCUCAGUUGACUUCCCGCUCAACCUCCCCGUCGGCGAUCUGAGCGGACUGAUCAAGGGUGCCAGUGAAAGGGCCAACAGAAAAGGCGAAUAA